AUGUCUGCGCUCUUCAACUUCCAGUCCCUCCUCCUCGUCAUCCUCCUCCUUAUCUGCACAUGCGCCUACGUACACCAAAUAUUCCCAACGAUUCUCGACAGGAAUAAGCAGGGUUUCAUGGGUAUUUUCUGGAAGGCUGCGAGAAUAGGAGAGAGGCUAAGUCCAUAUAUGAGUCUAUGCUGCGUAUUCAUGGCGUGCUCGAUGGUUAUUGGUAACUAG